AUGGCUACCCCCAGUGUCCUUACCUUUGAUGCUGAGGGUCGUGCUGUUGACUUUGAGGUCAGGGUCGAUGACCUCCAGCUGUUCGUACAGUGCGAUAGGGCAGACAGACUCUCCCUGUUCGAUCUCACCUCUGGUGCCUCUCCUGCCCCGCCUGCUACUGCUGACAGCACUGUUCGCUCACAGUGGGCCACACACGAUGCUGUUGCCCGCCUUACUAUGCGUCGCCACUUACCGACCACUGAGCGUGCGCACUUUAGCCAGUACAAGAGUGCUAAGACCUUGUACGACGCUGUAGUUGCACGCUACUCCUCCCCGGCCACUGCUGCGCUUAGCCGCCUCAUGCUGUCGUACCUGGACCACUUCCUCUUAGUUUGCCCCACCACACUCACCGUUGACCUCCUCGAGGAGCGCCUCCUAGCAGCAGAGAAGAGCAUUGUCGCUGUAGGAGCCUCUCUUGGUGACCCUCGCACCCCUGUCUUUGAGGGGUGUUCCCCCUGCCCCCUCUUGCCUUCUGUUGCUUCUGCUGCUGCGGCCGACCUCGUUGGUUUUGAGUCGGUCGGCGCUGCGUCUGCCCCUAGCGGGAGACGCCGCACCGGCAAGGGCAAGGGGGGCAAGGGCGCUGGAGGGGCUGGCGGGGGCGGUGGGGGUGGUGGUGGAGGCAGUGGAGGGGGUGGGGGUGGUGGUGGGAGUGGUGACGGGGGUGGAGGUGUCGGUGGCAGCAGUGGAGGCGGAGGAGGCGGCGGCGGUGGCGGAGGGAGCGGAGGCGGCGGAGGUGGCGGAGGCGGCGGAGGUGGCGGAGGCGGCGGAGGCAGCGGUGGAGCUGGUCGUGGCUCUGCGCAAAGGAGUGGCUCCGAUGGUGGUCCGCGCCAGCAGCAGCAGCGCAGUCGUGAGACCCCGUCCCCCCAGCAGCUUCGUGAGUGGUACGCUGGGCGUCAGCGAGGUGGGGGUACAGGUCCCUGCACCUACGUCCUCCGUACCGGCGACCGCGCAGGUGAGCAGUGCGGGGGGCCGCACUCCACCAAGCGCUGCUUCGGCCGCCUGACGGACGCGUGGCGUCACCAGUUCCAUGACGAUACUGUGAUCCCUCGCUGGGGAGAGCUGUCUAGGGCGGGGGUUGCUAUCUUUGAUCUUGAUUAUGAUGCUAUUCUUGCUGCCAUGUAUGCUGUGUGUACUAGUGAUGAGGGUGACUGUUACCUGUGUGUUUCGCCUGACCCGGGCAUUGAGGCUGCUGCUCUAGGUGCUGGUGAGGCUGCUGCUCUAGGUGCUAGUGCGUCUACUGCCCUAGGUGCUGGUGAGUCUGCUCUCUUAGGUACUACGUCGGCUCAGGCCUUACACACCUUCACCCUUGACUCGGGUGCUUCCCGCUCCUUCUUUCGAGACCGCACCACGCUUACGCCGCUUAGUCGGCCGGUUGCAGUCUCCCUGGCGGACCCCUCUGGGGGUCCUGUCCUUGCUAGCUUCUCCACUGUCUUACCGUGCCCGGCAGCCCCCUUUGGCACCGUGUCAGGUGUUUGCUGCAGCGUCCAGGUCUGGUCCUGA